GGGGCUGGGGUCCUGCCUUUGCUCGCCAUGGCUUGCCUGAGCAGGCGGUGUCUGCAGCGGCAGAAGGGCUUUAUCCUGGACGGGGUGGCCGUGGACACGCUGGCCGGCAGCUACGCGCACAUCCCGCCCAAGCUCUGGUCCGCUUUGCCCCCGUACAACGCCCAGCUGGACGGCCACGCCGCCAGCUACUUCGCGUCCCCCGCGGUCAAGUCCCUGCUGAAGAGCACGGAACAGCACCGAGGUGGUACAUCCAGGGAUGGUUGGAUAGUGGAUUAUUUCCACAUCUAUGGGCCAGAGCAGAGGUACCUGAACAGGAGGAACUGGGCAGGUGCAGGCCACUCUUGUGAGCAGGUGGGCGGCCACUAUAGCUUCCUGGCAGACGUGAAACCCAUGAAGGGCUACAAUGGGCGCUUCGGCUAUCGUCGCAACACCCCAGACCUGCGGGUGAACUCGUCCUGCUUCGGCGAAGUCACUGUGUUCCCACUCCACUGAUGCCAAAAGAGCUGCUUCUCACAUACCCCCGAUGCCAGCCCCUCUGGGGGCCAUGGAGACCUGGAGACACUGAUUAGGAGUAAGAAACGGGAGCUAAAAUAAAAUAUUUGUUCUCGCUUGUUCUAUUUUAA